AUGGCAGACCAGGGAACGUGUGUGGAAUGUACCACGGACAUCCUCGUCGCACAACAUCAGGAGCAGCCCGCACAAUCGGCGACGAGCCCCUAUGAUCCCAAGCUAGAUCCCUCAACCUUUGUGCCCCCGACGCCCUUACCGUCGCCCAGCAUCACCAUUGAAUUCUGCGACAGGUGCCGCUGGCUGCAUCGCGCAAGCUGGGUCUCAACCGAGCUCUUCCUGACCUUUCCCACCCCGACGCUCAAGGCGAUAUCCAUUCUCCCUCUCAAUGCAGAGGAAACGGGAGGCCGAUUCCGUGUCUGGCUAUUCCUGGACGGCCAACCACCCCUCCUAGUCUGGGACAGGAAAGUGGAGGGCGGCUUUCCAGAGCUCAAAGUGCUGGUGCGCAUGACGUCGUGGUCUUCGAGGUCUCUCCAGCAUUUUGAUUCGGUUCGCGAGCAGAAACAACGCGUCCGCGACCACAUCCAGCCGGGCAAAUCGCUCGGGCAUUCAGACAACAAGUAA